ACAUUUUUGCACAACGCUUAGCGUGACGUCACUUUGGAUACAAAUAGAAAGGGUUUGCACACACUGACAAAAUUUUACAAAUUAAUAUCGUCAAACUACAAAAGAAGACUCACGAUGCUGACAUGCGCAGCACUGUUUGUCGUAUUUUUAUCUGGAGUUUCAGCUCUUGGAUGUGAGAGAUUAUGGGUACAGUUUGAAAAUUCUUGCUAUUAUUCAAAUCAAAUGCCAGAAUCUCAACGGAGAGCCUUCCAACGAGUAAGAUCUGCUAGUGCCGGCAUGGUUGAAGAUAUCUUUUUUAAAUGGCAACAAGCCAAGUUAGCAUGCGAAAGGAAAGGCGCAUACCUUGCAGAAAUCGAUUCCGAAGCGGAAAACAACUUUGUAAAGCAAUUGGCACAGAAGGUCCCAAAUCAUUCUGUUUGGUUAGGUGGCAAUGACAUAGCUCAUGAAGGAACCUGGGUGUGGGCAGGAUCUGGAAAACCAUUGACUUUCACAGAUUGGUGGAAGAGUACAGAUGGAAGGAGGAAAGAUGAACCUGAUAAUAAAGGAAGAUCUGGCUCAGAUUGUCUCUCAUUGUCCAAAUAUGACAACUAUAGCGCGUGGCACGAUAGCGAAUGUAGCUUGAAAAGAAGAAGAGGAGACUUUAAGGGUAUCAUAUGUGAAAAACCGGCAGAAUAAAGGACAUGGACGGAAACAGACUUAUGAAAAGAACUGUCACAAGAAGCAAUUAAAGACUAGCUAUUAAAGAAUGUCUUAAAAUAUACAAAAACUUAAUUCAU